GCCUCUCAUUCUCUCUGAUCGCGAUCGGCCCGCCCCCGGCGUAAUGUGUCCCCUGAGGUUCAUCCUCGUGUUCUUCUCCGCCGUCCUGGCCGGCUACUUCGCCUGGAGGACCGUCCGAUCCUCGCCGGAGGCCGAGGUCUCGCCGACGGAGCCCGCGGCCGAGGCGAAAUCGAGGACGGAGGACAGAGAUUCCGGUCUCAGGAAGAUGAUCGGGAACGGGUUCUGGAUAUUCGUCGACAUGGCUAGUGGGAGGUACUUGUGGAGGAACAUUAAGGAGAUGAGGAAUCAGCAGGAUAAGGUGAAGAGCAGCUAGGGUUUUUUUCCCCCCUUCUUUUUGGGGGCUUAAUCGGAAUGUAAUUGAUCGUGGAUCUCUCUGUGACGAUUGUUGUGAGUAGAGAUCUCUUUCGUCCAUUGUAAUUGACGUCCGUUCCCUUCUUUUCGCUUUUCCUUUUGUUUCGCCGGAGAAGAAAUCGAAUUGCAUCUCUGAUUACAGCA